AUGGUCGCUAGGAUGCCAGUUUCGCUGGAGAUGGGGGGUCCAGCAGUUCCGAUAGUCAAACUAGCGAAGAGAGAUCCCUACCCUGAGCUCGACAGUCAAAUCGACGAGCUCAAGGAUGUACUCCUGAGGAAUCCCGAAGGCAGCGACCCGUUCCUGGACGCUAUGGAGUCGAUGGCCCACCUCUACGACACACGUUUUGCGCUUGCGCCUCACCAGCCCAUCGACCGUGACGAGGCCAUCGACCUGAGACGCGAGCUCGCUCGUGUCUGUCCAAAGGGUAGUCCGAAGCAGCUGGAAGCCAUGCACCGCCUCGCAGUCGCUUUGCAGCGCCGUUCGUUCCCGGAGCGCUUGCUUCACGACCAUAUCAUACAGGAGCCUCCGAGCAACCGCCAGAGCUACACUGUCGAUGACCUCGACGAGAUCAUUGCGACCCAGAAUGCCGCACUCUCGAUAUGUGACCCAGACCACGAUCUGUACGCGCCGCUAACUGGCCAGCUGGGGUCCUCUAUGCUGCACAGGAUCAAGUCUGUCUCGGAGUUGCAGCAGUCCCUACUGCUCCUCCGCUCUGCGUGUGUCCUGUGGCCAGCCAACGAUCCUCAUAGAUUGCCGGUGCUCCAGAAUCUUGCUAAUGCCUUGUCGUCCCUCAUCGGCGCGAGCGAGAAGACAGGCGCCAUAGCGGAGAUGCUGGAAGCUGUUGACGUACAUAGGCAGCUCGCUGCUCAACAUCCACAUACAUCAGCACAGCGUAUUCAAUCGCUUUCCGAAAUGGCGCGAUUCCUGAGCCGUUUGUGCAGUCCACCUGUCGAUCGGCUCGACUUGGUUCCGCUCCUGCGCAACACGGCGGAUGACAUUUCACAAAUCACAAGAGGCGACGGUACACUGUACAGAGCCCUAGCGGACGCACUCGAGAGCAGUACAGAGAGUUUGUUUCCAGAGAGAGAGAUCAACCCUCUGGAUCAGCAUCCGCAGCUCGUUCGCGUACAUUAUGUUGACCUACCCGUCGAUGUCACACAGCCUUCCCCCUCCAAGUUCCUUCUACGACCUCUGUACUUUGCGGAUCCAUCUCUGCUCCUCGAUGAUAUUGACGGGGAGAUUCACGCCUAUCUGUAUUACCUCCUGCAACGAGGUCCACUCCUGGACACUGCCGCUCGAGGGUUAGCAUACUCGACAAUUGGGGCGCUGUUUCGCCAUCGGUACGUCAAUAGCAAGGAGAGUCGCGACCUGAACGCAGCCAUCGAGUACCAGCAGGCAGCGUGGCACAUGACCGAUGUCCAAGACGACGACUUCUAUGUCCUGACGCGUAACCUCGAGGACGCGUUUCAGGAGCGAUACUUCGCGUGUCACGACAUUGAAGACUACAAGCGUUCGAUAAAGCUCAGUGUGUGGCCCAUGGAGAACCGGCCGGUUGCCAUGGGCCCUCAGCUGCUACCCACGCCCAUGGGCUCUCUUCCUCCCCUUGCUCCGCGUCAGCUAGAGUCGCGAGCCCAGCAGCGAGACUGGAUGAUACAGUGGUAUCGCGAACAGAUAACCGACUCGGAGUCACCUAGCGCAGCAGUAUGCGGUGACCUGGCGGCGAAUCUGUUUGAGCGCUUCACCACUACCUGGCCCUUUGACUUCGCUGAUCUGACGGAGGUCCUCCGGUUUCUCGACAAAAUGGAUGCAGCCGGGUCUCGCUCGUCAUCUGGCAUCAGGUCCCUCCCGACGCGAACGAUGGUCUACUCGUCAUGGUACAGGAGGACCGGCGACCCGCAACACCUGACUAGCGCCAUCGCGCACCUGUCCACUGGAACGAUCGCGGAUCGCAUGCAGGUGCUCUGGGAGCGCUACGUCCAGAACGGGACUCUAGCUGAUUUGGACAAGGCCAUUGUGAUGGGACGGCGUGUCAGCAGCAGCUUCUCUCUGGGUGAGAACGAUAUGGGCUUCUACCGGACGCCACUCGCGCUGUGCUUGCUUGCGCGCUACGACCGCGAAGGAGACCCCGCCGACAUAGAGGAGGCCGUCGCAUUACCGCAUGCACCUUCUACCGACUUGGCCGAGGCAUACCUGCUUCGCUACGAAAGGUAUGGUCGCAUCGAAGACCUAGAUUAUGCUUUUCGUACUGGUGCAUUCGACGUAGAUCCCGACCCCAACGACCUGGGUCUCGACGCGGACGAACUGGAGGACGUCUCUGGCGACCUCACCUCUGCUUUUGUCCGGCGAGCCCUCAUCCAUUGCCGCGUACUACUCGCGCGACAUGCGCUUAAUGGGUCUACUAACUUGCUGCGCGUUGCUGAGACCGUGCUCACUCCCGCGGAGCAGCGCUGUCCCCUCACUUUGCAGGCAAGCGUACUCAAGUGCAAGGCAACCUUGCUCAUGAGUCGCGCUUCUGUUUUGAAUGUGCACGAAGUAGACGAGGCCAUCGCGGCAGCGACAACUGCCCUGCAAUACACAGCUGAAAGCGAUGUUCGUAGGCCGGGUCUAAAUGCGUUACUCGGCGACGCGUAUCGCAGUCGCUACGUACUCUCGAAGACACCAGACGAUCUGGAGUCCAGUAUCAAGACGCUCCGUAUUUGCCUCGCUGGGAUCUCCCCCUCCAACCCACACUAUGCUGACUAUCAGAUAUCCCUCGGAAAAUCGCUCGAGAUACUCUCUGGGAUAACGUUCGAUAAAUCACUUUCCGCCCAGGCGAUUACCGCAUUACGCGAUACUGCACAGACACCAGCGGCAUCCCUUCACGCUCGAUACAGUAGCGCCUUAUCCUGGGCUCGUAUAGCUGACGCAAACCACGACGCAGACGCACUGCUGGCGUACGACGUCGUGAUGGAGCUACUGCCCCAAUUCGCCUCUCUAGGGUUGGACAUCCGCGAUCGCCACCAAUCUCUCACGCGAAGUGCGUCGGGGGUAGCCUCAGAUGCUGCCGCGUGCGCCAUCCGCCACAACGACCUCCCGAAAGCCGUCGAGUUCCUCGAAUACGGACGAUCCGUAUUCUGGCGGCAAGCUCUGCGGCUCAAGACGCCUAUGACAGAGCUUAUGGAGCAUGAGCCCGAGCUGGCACAUAGGCUCGCCGAACUGGCGCGGGACCUCAACAUCAGCAGUUUCCGGACUCGGACGGAGGGCGACUCGGAAGCGCAAGACGCGUUCAUCAUCCGCGAAGGACCGAAACGACGUGCGCUUGCAGAAGAGUGGGAGCGAUUGCUCACAGAAGCGCGGAAUGUCGAGGGUUGUGAAGACUUGUUGCGGCUGCCGCCAUAUCAACGGCUCAGGCAGGCCGCUUCAUCGUCCACAGUUGUUCUGCUGGCUUGUACGGAACAGUCGGGUUACGCUCUGAUCGUCGAGGAGCGAGAGCCCUCACCAAGGUACCUCCCUCUGCCAUCCAUCUCACGCAGCCGAGUGUCCGACUGGGUUGAUCGCCUGCGCGGCACUCUGAAACAAGCCAACAGAGGGGCUCGCCAGGCUAUGGACCUCACGCAUCUCAUAGAGCCAUACCGAUACAGCGGCCAACCUCGCCAGAAGACUCAGAAGACUCAGCGCGAAGAAGUGAUUCUUGUUCGUCUGCUGGGCGCAAUAUGGCGGGAUAUUGUCAAACCCGUGUUAGACUUCAUUGGCGUCAGUGGAGAGAUGCGUGACGAUCCUCCACGUAUUACGUGGUGUCCCGUUGGUGCUUUAGCACUACUACCCGUCCAUGCAGCGGGAAUAUACGAUAAGACAUCUGGGCCAUGUGCGUCCGACUACAUUGUUUCGUCCUACACACCUACAUUGUCAAAUAUCCUCCCGACAUCGACACCAUCUGCCGCGCACUCCCCAAUCAACGUCUUGCUGGUCGGUCAAGCCGACUCACCUGGUCAUCCUCCCAUUCCAAACGUCGGCGUCGAACUCAAAAUGAUCGAGGAUGUCCUCUGCUCGAUUUCACAUACCCGCCGCGUGCAAGGCCCGGACGCAACACAGCCGACUGUACUUACCGAGAUGGCAAAGUCCCACAUCACCCAUCUCGCGUGCCACGGCAUCGCACGUCCAAACCCUCUGGAUAGCGCGAUAGUGCUGCGUGACGGAAGCCUCCCAGUCAGCAGGCUCAUGCGCACCCCGUUCUCCGACGCGAAGCUCGUGUUCUUGAGUGCGUGCCAGACGGCGCGGCUGAGCCCUUCGGAGCCCGACGAGUCCAUCAACAUCGCGUCUGCGAUGCUGUCUGCCGGAUUUCAGACAGCGGUCGCGACGAUGUGGUCCAUCAGCGAUGAUGACGCACCUCGCAUCGCUGAGUCGUUCUACCGACAUCUGCUACAAGGCGAGAAGAUCGACUUGGGUGGUGCAGCUCGCGCGCUCCACGCAGCGAUCAGGGCGUGUCAGAAGUCGGACAUGUCUCCACUGCAAUGGGCAGCAUUUAUUCACGUUGGGCUAUGA